AUGUCACUCAGACAUGCUCCUGCAAGUUUGGUCACAUUUUGUGGAAAGGCUGUGGCCUAUGCUUUCUUUUUUGUGCCUGGCAUUGCAGAAAUUCUGGUUCGAAUAUGGAAGAUACCGACUGACAUUUUAAAACGUGUUGUCGACGAGUUAGGUUUACCAAAGCGACCUAACAAAGUAGAAACUGAAGAAGUUGCUGCCGCAUUUCCACCACAUGUUCGAGCAUUGGGUUGGACGUCGGUGAUGACAAUGACCAAUCAGCUUCGGGAAAAGCCUGCCUUGUCCAUCCUAAUUUCUAAGAUUCCUUGGUACGGCCCAUGGACUGCUCGAUGGUGUGGACGGGAUAGUGAUCUUUUCUAUGUGUUUUCGAAGCAUUAUCAUAUUUUGGCUGAGGAAUUUUUACCUUUAGACCUUUCAUUUGCGAUCAAAGCACGUGCGCCAGGAUUUGUCCUAGUUCAAGCCCAGAUUUUGACAGCUCUGGAUGCUACAAUUCAUCGUCAACCAGCCAGUGAACCAUUUCCAAUCACCUUUGAUGACGUACUCGCAGGUGCUGAUGCCUCCGCUGCCGCAUUACCUCUGCCUUCAACCAAUUCUGCUAGAUUAAUGGCCGAGAAUCGCUUGAUUAUGCUUCUUCGAGACUUCCUUUCCGAGCGACCUGCCGAUUUUGAGCCUGCUCGUAUGACUUUUGCGAAUGCUUUCGGUAAGAUGAUGCAAGCUUCGGCAAAGAGGACUUCUUUAUAUGACCACAAUGCAUGUUUCGUUUUGUGCGAUUUCAUGGAUGAAGCACUUUCAUUAAAAAUAUUUGGCGUUGUUUGCUCCCGGAUUAAGGGUACCUGGGCAAAUUAUCUCUUUCUCAAACAAACAGCGGAGAGUUCAGAUCUCCUUCCUCCUUCCACCACACCCUGUCUUCCAGCACCUGGGCGACGACUACUUAUCAUCCAAAAUGAAACUCCGAAAUUGCCCAGCGAAACAACAACCCCAAGCAAGAGACGAUGGACAUUUAUGGGUAGAAUAAUCCCAUCUUUAUCUCCUUCGCCUGAGACGACUUCUCCUCCCUCCACAUCUGUCAAAGCUGGAACUGAAAAGAAAGCGCUUGAGGAAGCAAGAAAAGCUACAUCUGUCGCAAGAACCAGACCCACCCUUAACUCAAAAAGUUCAAGUGAUAGCGAAACUCCUCCAGCUACAGCCUCUCAUCGUGCCUAUAGCUUUAAAUUUUCUUUGGAAUGGGCUCAGAAUUUUGAAAAAGUACACUCGAUUCUUCAAACUGGUAGCGCCCCAAAAGGACCAGCUGGUUCCAAUAGUGCAAAUGACAGAAAACUCACACCACCACGUCUUCCUGCUCCAGCGCAUGCAUGGCUUGCCGCUCGGGUCCCAGGAAUGAGCACUGAAGUAUCACCCCAGGAUCCAAAACUCACAGGCAUAGAUAGAUUCACGAGAUCUAAAUAUGCUGGAAGGGCAUUAGCGGAAUGGGGAUUAAUUGUGGGGGAAUGCAAUAAUUUUGUUGAUAGGAGAAGAACAGAGGGGGUACCGAAUUUAAAGUGGGUGGAGGUUCCUACUCUGGGGGUGGAGGGAUUUAGGAAAUUCGCUGGGUGA